AUGGGGCAGCCGGUAAUCAUACAGGUUGAAAAUAUUUGCUACCCCAUUCUUGCAAUUGUUGGCGUUCCGGCUAAUCUGGUGACAAUUAUGAUUCUAUCCCGUGAACUUUGCGACCUUUCCAAAUGUGUCACCCGAUAUUUUGUGGCAAUGGCAGUGGCGGAUCUAUCAGUUCUGGUAUUUGACGUAAUAUUCUAUGAGAUCAAAGAUUACUAUUUCCCAAAUUUGUUUUUCAACUAUACACCAAUUUGCACUCUGAGCAUUGUCCUGAAUAUGGCGUCUGUUGACUGUUCUGUGUGGUUAACUGUUGCAUUCACCUUUGAUCGAUUUGUGGCUAUUUCUUGCCAAAAGCUGCAAAUAAAGUAUUGCUCUGCUAAAACGGCAACCGUGGUUAUAGGAAUGGUUUGUUCCGUGAGCAUUUUACAGACUGUUCCGACGUAUUUUGCGUUUGAACCUCGAGAAAUAAUAGACAACCGACCAUGGUCCUGUUCUGUGAAAGCCAGUUUCUAUAAAUUACCUCUGUGGAUUGCAUAUCGGUGGAUGGAAAUUAUUUUAACUCCAUUUCUUCCAUUUGUUUUGAUAUUACUUUUCAAUGUACUGACCAUUAGGAGCAUUGUACAGACAAAUAGAGUCACAAGAAGACUCAGAGGAAACGAAAAAGAUCUGAGACAUAAUGAUCCACAAAUGGUGAAUAGGAGAAAUUCGAUGAUAAUCUUAAUGGCCAUAUCUGGAAACUUUAUUAUUUUGUGGACUGUAACAUUGGUAACUUACCUACUUGUCCAAUUUACAGAUGUAACAUUAUUAGUAGCAAGUUACAAUGACCCAUUUACAAUUCUGGAACAAACAGGCUAUAUGCUAAGGACUUUGACUUGCUGUACAAACACCUUUAUUUAUGCAGUUUCACAACGUAAGUUCAAAGAUGAGCUUAAGAAUUUGAUCAUGAUCCCCAUUUCUCUGCUAAUACCUUUCUUUAAAUCACCAGAAUUAGAUGAGAAGUUGGAUAUUUGUAUUUGUGUCAUUGUGUUUUCCAAUCCUUAUGUUAAUUAA